AUAACGUACCCUCAUCGCAGAAGGGCACAAACAAUUGGCGUCCCUGAUGUUGUCACAGGCAUACAGACUGAACACAAAAGUGUUUUAAGUUUCAACUACCUUUCAUUUCUCGCUGAACUGAAGGCUAAUAAAAGUCAUACAAAAUACCAAAAAAGAAAAAUGAAAAAGGAAGAGAAUCUGUUAAUAUCUUAAGAGGGAAAUGAGAAUUAAAUACAGUGUUUGAUUCUCAUCGAAGAAAAGAAAAAAAGAAAGUGUUUUGUCGUGUAAUUUUAAUCAAUAAUAUAGAAGAAGUGAAAAAUGGCGAUGCCGGCGAUGGGAUUUCUGGCUUGGCUUGACAAGAAGAUCGUGGAUCCUCUCUAUCAAAUCCUUCGCAGGGGUUUAGAGCCGAAGCAAUUGGCUUUCUCAACGGCACUUGGUAUUGCUCUCGGAAUAUUUCCUAUAUGCGGUGUUACCGUUCUGCUUUGUGGACUGGCUAUUGCGUUGCUUGGAUCUCUUUGCCAUGCUCCCACCGUGCUGUUAGCUAACUUCAUCGCUACUCCCAUAGAGCUAAGUUUGGUGGUGCCCUUCUUGCGCUUUGGCGAAGUUAUGUCUGGUGGACCUCCUUUUCCUUUGACAUCCGAUGCAUUGAAAAAGGUUUUGACAGGACAAGCUUCGCGUGAAGUUAUAUUAAGUAUUGCCCAUGCUCUGUUGGGAUGGCUAGUAGCAGCACCCUUUAUUUUGGCCGCACUCUACAUAAUAUUUUUGCCAUGUUUCAAGGUCUUGGUUCACAAGUUCAGCACUGUUCCAUCAAGCCCAAAGAAACCAUCAAAUUCACUCGCAGAAAUCAAGCUUAAGUGAACAUGGAAAGUUCCUGUCGCAUUUUGAACUCCAGGUCAGGGGAUAGCAAUACUGCAUUGAGUCCCGGGAUACAGCUUUAUGCUUGCUUUUGGUAUGUACCUUGCUCUUGGAAAAUUGUGCCAGAUUUGCUUUCUGGGAAAGUGCUGGUGAGGAGCCAAUACCAGUUCACUUGGAUUUUUUUUUUUGGCAGCUUCAAUUUAAUGAGCACAUUAAUAUAGGCCAUUGCAGUAAUGUAUCUGACUAAAGGAAGGCUUUAGAGAGCAUCAAUGGGUUUUAUAGUUUUUACUCUCGGAA